GGAGAGGCAGGGGGGGGGUAAAAAAAAAAUAGAAGCUCUACCAUUUCUUCCAAAAUUCUUUCUCAUUCUAAUUUUGUGACUGUUUGUAACCACUUCAGUCAAUAAAAUAACAAGCAAUGGCGGACGCAGCUCCAGCCGCUACUACCGGAGGUUUCCGUGGAGGUUUUGGUUCCCGUGGGGGUGCAGGUGGUGAUCGUGGAGGACGUGGUGGACGCGGUGGUCGUGGCCGUGGACGUGGUCGCGGUCGUGGUCGUGGCAAGGAAGAUCAAAAAGAAUGGAUUCCAGUUACCAAACUUGGACGUCUUGUUCGUGAUGGUAAAAUCCGUACACUCGAGGACAUUUAUCUGUUCUCUCUUCCAAUCAAAGAGUUUGAAAUCAUCGAUCAAUUUAUUGGACCAGCUUUAAAGGAUGAAGUUCUUAAAAUUAUGCCCGUCCAGAAACAAACCCGUGCUGGUCAACGUACCCGUUUCAAGGCAUUCGUUGCAAUUGGUGAUAGCAAUGGUCACAUUGGUCUUGGUGUUAAAUGCUCCAAAGAAGUUGCAACAGCCAUUCGUGGUGCCAUUAUUUUGGCAAAAUUAUCAGUUGUUCCAGUACGUCGUGGUUACUGGGGUAACAAAAUUGGUAAACCACAUACAGUACCAUGCAAGGUUACUGGCAAAUGUGGUUCAGUCCAAGUACGUCUUAUUCCAGCACCAAGAGGAACUGGUAUUGUCUCAGCACCAGUACCUAAAAAACUUUUACAAAUGGCUGGUAUUGAGGAUUGUUAUACAUCAGCACGUGGUUCAACAUGUACACUUGGUAAUUUUGCCAAAGCAACAUAUGCUGCUAUUGCCAAAACUUAUGCAUACUUGACACCAGAUUUAUGGAAAGAUAUGCCAUUGUCUGAAACACCAUAUCAAGAACAUGCUGAUUGGUUAUCAAAAAAUCAUCGUCCAGUUGCUGGUGGACAAAGAACCACUGAAGCUAUCUAAAUGUAUCAAUGAAUUUAUAUUAAUAAAUCAUAAACUUCAUUGAUUC